AUGUUGAUUUCUAUAAAUGAUCCAAAGGUUAAACUUCCACAAUACAGUUCUAGUCGUAUGCAUGUUCAGAUUGGAGAUGAUUUUAUUCAAAUGGGUUGGACUGUAAAUCCAAUGUUAUAUUCUGACAGCAAACCUCGAUUUUUUAUGUAUACGAAAGCAGGUGAACAUAAAUGUUAUAACAGCAUGUGUCCAGCUGGAUUCAUAUCGGUUCGUUCAGAUAUACCUCUUGGUCAUGUUCUCCCAACUAGUAUUCGUGGUGUAAAUAGUUUCAUAAAUACACAUGCCUUACUUAAGAACAAACCUUCCGAUUACCUCGCAAGGCUCGUUGCUAGCUCCGAACUUCCAGUUCAUAUAUACAAUGUUCAAUCUAGUAUUCCAAAGGAUCCAGUAGCCAUAUGGAUCUCUGAGUUUGUACAAGCAGAAGAACUCUUCAAGCAGCCUGCUGAUACUGAUAAUUGCUUGCGAGGCAACAGAGGGAGCCACCGCAAAUGUUACAGCCCUGCGAACUGA